AUGAGGACUCCAAACUCCAAAGAGGAGAGCUCUGGCAAAGCAAAUGAAUUUUCAUCCAGCUUCUUCCUGAAAAAACUCUGGAAAAUUGUUGGAAGUGACUGGUUUCAGUCAAUUUGGUGGGGUGAUGCUGGAAACUGUGUAGUGAUGGCUGAAAAAGUUUUCAAAAGGGCAGCACUGGGCGGGAGAGGACUUCUGCAAAUUUUUGAAACCAGUUCCACAAAAACUCUCAUUCAUCAGUUUAAUCUUCAUGGAUUCAGCAAAACAGAAGGGGAUUCUCCAACACCUGCUUCACCUGAUAAAAUACAAUUACUCUUCUACUAUAAUGCCUGUUUCAAGAGAGAUUAUCCCCACCUGCUACAACCCUGUAAACAAAGUGCUGAUGUAAAUAACACAGCACCAGCUGCAUUGUCGCUGGACCCAGAUUUGAAGGAAGGCUGCCUGAAGAGAAGCCCAGAUGUUCAGCCAGCAGCAGGAGUUGCUUCUGCAGAGGAGAAUGAUCCCUUUGAGCAGCUCCACAGAUGACACCCAGACAUCCGCCCCCAGCACCUUCACACCUACCAAGCCAUGUAAUAAAGCAAUGACCCAGACUGGAGAUGCCUGUACCUCCACACACACAACUUCUCUAACACUUUCAAGUCCUGCUGCAGCAGUGGGUAGUGAGAAGUUCAAGCCUCAGGCCCCAUCCCCACAACACUUCAUCUGCAGCCCUCUUAGUGUCCAAGCUGCAGAUUCUGCUUCAUCUGAUGCUUCACAACAUCACAUUUGGUUUACA